AAAUGAUAUUAGAAAUAUAGUAUCUAGACAAUUAAAUACUAAUCAAUGCCAAAUUUUACAAAGAAUUAUGAGAAUCAACCAAUCUAAAAGAAUGAGUAUUACACAUAGAAGAACAAUUAAUUAUCAAUUACUACAAAUAAAAGAUAUACCUAGAAUAAUAAUGAAUGAAAUGCAAAUAUAUUCUCAUAGUAGUAAUCCUUUAGGUCAAGCUAUAUAUAAUUCUGAUAGUAGUAGAAGUAUAACAUAUAUUACUGAAAAUAUAGUUGGUAAUACACAUGAAUUAACAGAUGAUGAGAAUGAUAAUGAAUGA